AUGGUCGGCAAGAAGGGCGGCAAAGGUGCAGAGCCUUCAAGUGGAAGUACCAAGGAGCAGUUCUGGAGCAGCUUGAGCGCCGAGGAUGCCAAGCUUGCCAAGGCCUGGGAUUGUGGCGAUCUCGAUAAUCUCCAGAGGAUCAAGGCCAAGAAGGAGGCCGAUGAGAAGAAGGCGAGGGAUCAGCAGUACUACACCAUGAAGCAGAAUGAGAGGAAGCAGCAGUGGGAGAAGGAGGAAGCCAAGAAGCAGCGCGACAAAGCCCGAGAGGAGAGCAAAUGGCUCUCAGACUUGGAAAAGACCAAACAGCGGGCAUUGCGGGAACGAGUUGUGGAGGCUUGGUAUGAUGAGUCCCAAGGAAAGAGCUAUGCAGAGAUUGUCCCCGGCACGUGGAAGGAGGUGCAGGGUGAAUUUUACUGCACGCUCUGCGACAAAUGCCCGAACGGCUGCAACCUCGAGUCGCACCUCAACAGUGAGGCCCACAAGAAGAAGCUGGCUUGGGCCAUGGGUGCGACCUAUGCACUUGUGGCCACCCCGGCGUCUGCGGCGACGCCGAUGCCACAGGCGCUUCUCCCGCUCCCUCCGCCGGUGAUGCCGGAAGAUCUUCCAGCCUGGCAGCAGAUGGGGCCAGAUGGCCUGAUCCGCUGCAUCCCGUGUGGGAAGGUGGUGGACGACAACCACCUCAUGACAGGCGACCACGGCCGACGCUUGGCUGCCUUCUUGGAGCAGGAGAAGCUGAAGCAGAGCGGAUACGCACCUCCGGAGCUUGAAUACCUGGCCUGGGUACCAUGCGACGAGAACGAUCCCAACAGCGAGCGAUGGAUGAAGUGCCUGCUGUGCAGCAAGUGGGUGCAAGAUGAUGUUGCACACAGUGGCAUCCCGGCCCAUCCAGCUGGUUCCAAAGAGCACCAGAAGAACCUCAGGAACUACGAGUGGUACCGCCCUACUGUCCUCCAGCAGCGGCAGAAGUACCAUCCUGUCGGAGGCGACCCCAGGGCAGCGGCAAAGGCGCCAGCGAAAGCUCCGCCGCCUCCGCCGCCCAAACAUCCAACUCCAAGACCGCAGGCUACCAUGGCUCCCUGGGCGCCACCUCAGACAAAGGCUCCUCCUGCUAAGCAGCCCCCACCACCGAAGCCGGUGGAGGAUGAAGAGGAGGAAGUGGAAGAGUGUUAG